AAAACUUGGACCUUUAAUUGCAAAGAGACGAACUCCAAAAAUUGCUGAACGUUAUCAGCAGAUUGGUGGUGGUUCACCUAUAAGAAGUUGGACAGAUAAACAAGGACUAUUAUUAACUAAUUUGUUAGAUAAGAUAUCUCCAAAAACAGCACCUCACAAACAUUAUAUUGGCUUUCGUUAUGCUCAUCCUCUUACAGAAAAUACUUUGGAUGAAAUUGAAAGAGAAGGUCCUAUGAGAAUGGUAGCAUUUUCUCAAUAUCCUCAAUAUAGUUGCAGCACUAGUGGUAGUAGCUUGAAUGCAAUGUAUCGCUAUUAUCACAGUAAAAAUUUUUUAUCAAAAGUAAAAUGGAGUUUUAUUGAUCGCUGGCCAAUGAAUUUGGGUCUAGUAGAAGUGUUUUCUCAGCUUAUUUGUACAGAAUUAGAAAAAUUUCCAAAAGAUGCAAGAGAGAAUGUGGUUUUAUUAUUCUCAGCUCAUUCUUCUCCAAUGAAAGCUGUAAAUAGAGGUGAUACAUAUUCUAUAGAGGUAGCAUCAACAGUUUUACGAGUGAUGGAACGUUUGGAAUGGAAAUAUCCAUAUCGUUUAGUAUGGCAAUCUAAAGUAGGUCCAAUUCCUUGGUUAGGUCCACAAACUGAUGUUGCUAUGAAGGCAUUUGUUUCCAAGGGAUAUAAAUCAUUUUUAGUAAUACCAAUAAGUUUUGUUAAUGAACACAUAGAAACUCUUCAUGAACUUGAUAUUGAAUAUGGUCAAGAAUUAGGAAAAGAGAUUGGUGUAGAACAUUUCAGAAGAGUACCAACUCCAAAUGAUCAUCCAAUAUUUAUAAAAGCACUUGCUGAAUUAGUAAAAAACCAUUUAGAAGUUGGUGAAAUAUAUUCUCCUCAGUUACUACUGAGAUGUCCAUUAUGCGAGAAUCCAGUCUGUCAUGAUAUGAGAAAGUGGCUAAAAUCUUUAAAUCUGUAAUAUUAUUAUUUAUACAUUUUUUUUAAUGAAAAUAUUUUUGUAAUAAAUAGCUUAUUUUAAAAUAGUUUAAUUAUGAUUUUCUUUUUAAAAAUAUUUC